GACAGAAACCGUUUCUGGAUAGCGGCUGUAACAGACCCAGCUGUUCGAACUUCCUGUAAUACGCUCUCAAGCCCCGUUCGAGCGUACGUAAGCGGAUACUCCUGACGAUCAUCCCGCAAGCGACGAGAUCUUUCUAUCAGUAGCUCGACCGGAACGCAGUCAUCCAGCGGCGGGUCGCCUGCCAGGAGCCAUGGGUAUCUGGUUGCGGCGUUCGUAACAGGUCUUGUUCAUUGUAGCUGUUUCGGUAGCAAGCACGUGGACGACGGACGUCAAUCCCUCGGGUGGCUUUCUUAAUGUAUAAUCCUCCUCCCUCGAUUUAUCUCUUGGCCAUCGAGCUCCACUCGAAGGUCCAGGCCUGCUUGUGGCCUCUGAAUGAAUGGACACGGCGCUGUCGGACAUGCAAGCGCUUCAAGCUCCGAUGGGGGCCACCGGAUUCAUCCGCCUGCUCUUUGGCUUCUGGCUGUGCUGCCAGCUGUGCGAAACUGUUGGGCUACGAAGAAUGCUGUCUGUGUGGCCUCCUGAGAGAAAAGAACGCAACCUGUCUAUGGUGGAAUCAUUCUGCACAGCAGUUAAGAGGCGGGGACCCUGGCUACGCAGAAUGUGCAGGCAUACCCCGGCUCUGGCUGAGGUCGUGGCACAGGGCCUUCAGCAGGGCCUCGAUGCCUGCAGAAGUCAGUUCAGGGACGAACGGUGGGACUGUGAUCUGAGACAGAGGAGAAGACGAGAAAUAAUCUCCAGGAAAGUGUACCGUGAGACAGCAGUGCUGUACGCGACGACGGCUGCGAGUUUGACACAUACCUUGGCACGGGCCUGCAGUGCAGGUCGCCUGCUACGACGGUGCUCUUGCGACGACGAGUCGCAGGGACCUGCAGCCAAUCGAGACGCAUGGCGGUGGGGCGGCUGUAGUGAUAACUACCACUACGCUGCAAAGUUCUCUAGGCGUCUCUUGGCAGACACCUACGAAAUACGAAGGAAGGCCAACAGAAAACCAAAGUGUCAUGUAGGGUACCGAGAACCAGUCGACAGGCACAACAUUGGAGUGGGUGUCCGUAUUCUUCGGCGUGAUCAUCGAGAGGUCUGCAGAUGCCACGGCAUGUCUGGGUCCUGCUCCGUUAAAACUUGUUGGAAUCGCUUGGGCAGUUACGAAGCAGCAGCAGCGGCCCUCAAGAAGAAGUACAAGAAAGCCGUCGUAGCUAACAUCCUGGAGAACCAGACUGGCGCCAGGAAUAGCACGUUCGCCCUGAAAGCUCGUGACAAGCUUUUGUACCUGCACGAGUCACCAAGUUUCUGCGACGGGAACCCGUUGUCCUCUGGAACGCGUGAACGUAGCUGCGAGGCAGAGAACUGUGACUUCCUCUGUUGUGGAAGAGGAUACAACUCUUUCCAAAAUACAUUCACGGAACAAUGCCACUGCCGCGUAAAAUGGUGCUGCAAUGUGCAGUGCCAAAGCUGCACGGUACAGCGCCAAGUGAACACCUGUAAGUGAGCUGCCCGCAAGCCGUUUCUGCAGGACGCACUCGCACAGCACAUGCGCAACAAAGCUGUUGUUUUUACUUUUCCCAGAAGUAUCUUCUACAGGAGUGCUAUAGAACGCAGCGUACAGGUGAUGUCAGCGGAAAGCACAGGAAAAAAAAAAAGACAUUUCACACGUCACACUUGAAGUGUCUCACGACAGAAAGGAGUCUGUACAAAGCCGACAACGCACGUCAGAGGGCGUCGAUAGUUUGUCCCCGUCCAGACGACAUUUGAGCACGAAAGCGGAAAUGAACGCAAGCAACGCAGUUCUUGUGUGCGAAGUGGGAAAUUUACAGCGAGCUCUUUAAGACAGCAGCGGGUGUAUGAAGAGCGGGUGGAGUCUCUUCUGUCUCCUCAUCGUCUGCCUGUGGUCGUUGUUCCUCUUUAGGGCCGGACGUACGAUCCACUAUGUACAUUUCGUUUGUGUACGCUUAUAGGGGCUCCCUCUAUCCGGGAGGGACCGUGGCACGUUUGCGAAACGGGGUGGAGGCGUGCACUAGUUUGCCAUACGCGCACCUGUCACUAGAACUCGUGUUAUUUACUGCCGAUGCGGGCGCAGUAAAGAGUUUUAGGUAAAUGCAAUAUGUGUUUCCGCGUGCAGCAGGAACAGAGUCAGCACUUGCCACAGCUUGAAGGGAAACACACACUUGAAAGACGUAGCUUGAAAGCUGUUGUUGUAGCGGUUACGAACAGGUCGACCGUUCCACUGUGUCCCAGCACGUUUGACAGGUGACUUUGCAGCAGUACUGGAAGGUGCAGUUGCAAGCGGUGCUGAUUAACAUGUGACGCGUUUCUUGACCUCUGCCACAGCAUAGGUUCUGGCAGCCUUCGGGUCCUGAAGACUCGCGCUCGCAAAGGCGACCUCGUGUCCCCAGAGAUCCAGAGCGGCGAUCCCCCUCGCAGAAGUCUGGAGAGGUUUCGGAGUAGACGAUGUCUUGCCGCGUAGGGGUUGGGCCCUGAAGCGCGAAGCCCUUUCCCGUGUUGCCUGCUGAGACACGUACAGCAUUUUCCAACUGGCCACGCAGCCGCCGUCCAACUUUGCUGAAUUGAGGCAACCGUAGCCAACAGGUUCUCAGGGAACAGGUUCCGGACAUGCCGUGGCAGCGGCAAACGCGUUCAAGGUUUUGCCGAACCGCCUGCAAAUAUAUAUAAAAGAAUGAGAGUUCAGUUACAAUUACAAAUCCAGUUGCACAUGAAGAUGCCCUGCCAGGGUAGCGUGAAAUUAUAUUGUGUAGAUCAGGGCCCGCUUGCAGGCGCAUUGAGAAAAUUCCUCAGUGGAGCCCUCAGUAGCUUUGACAGUGCUCUAUGCAGUAGCAGUGCAAUAGUAUGCAGUGCAGUAGUAUACAAUGCUCUAUGCAAUGGUAUGCAGUGCAGUAGCGUUAAGGACUGCAGAGCGUGCCCGAAAGCACGACUGAAGCUGCUGAGGACACCACUGGGGAGUCUCCUCGACGUUCUUGCAAGCUGAGCGGGCCCUGUACAGGACGUAUCGUGUGGUUAUCCUUAUUCGGUGGCCCACCGUGCACCACGAUACUGGUGUGCACUUGCUGUAGAGCUUUUGCAAAGAGAUAAGGGGCAUACACUCUCUCCACUACCUCCCGCGCAGCAAAGAUAUGUUUGGAUAUAUUUCUCAAGCACCACAGGUACAACUGUGGGAAGCGCCUUUCUCUGGGGGGCGCACAAAGUUUCUCAGUGAUCUCCGGUUAAGUUUUAAUAAAAAAUAAAUAAAUUUUAUUUUGAAAG